AUGCUGGAAGACAAAUAUAUUGGCUUGGCUCUGGCCAUUACCUCUACAAUGGCGAUCGGAACGAGUUUUGUGAUUACAAAAAAGGGUCUCAUAGACGCAGAAGAAAGACAUGGUUUUGAGGGUGAUGGAUUCUCAUAUUUGAAGAGCCCCAUAUGGUGGGCGGGUAUAAUAGCUCUCAUUAUCGGAGAAAUAGCGAAUUUCGCAGCGUACGCUUUUGCGCCAGCGAUUCUAGUAACGCCUCUGGGAGCGUUGAGUGUGUUGAUAGGAGCUGUUUUGGGGUCAUAUUUCUUAAAAGAAGAACUGGGAAUAUUAGGAAAAUUGGGUUGCGCAAUUUGUUUAAUUGGCUCCGUCAUAAUAGUCCUACAUGCCCCUCCAGACGAAGAAAUCACGACAAUUGAUGAAAUUCUAAACUACGCGAUUCAACCAGGGUUCCUCCUAUUCUGCUUUACGGUAUUAGUUUUUGCAGUCGUUAUGAUAUACCGAGUUGCGCCACGAUAUGGAAAGCAGAAUCCUCUCAUUUACCUGUCGAUUUGUUCGACGGUUGGAUCGGUUUCGGUCAUGUCUGUUAAAGCAUUCGGUAUUGCAGUCAAGCUCACUUUUGCUGGCAACAACCAAUUUUCGCACCCAUCGACAUAUGUGUUCAUCAUCGUCACGACAGUCUGUAUUUUGACGCAGAUGAAUUACUUCAAUAAGGCACUGAGCCAAUUCCCAACAUCAAUUGUCAAUCCACUGUAUUACGUGACCUUCACAACCUCCACACUCUGCGCCUCAUUCAUCCUUUACGGCGGAUUCAAUACUUCAGACGCCGUAAACACACUUUCGCUAAUUUCUGGCUUCCUCGUAAUAUUCACAGGAGUCUAUCUCCUCAAUCUCUCUCGCAGCGAUCCAGACGGGCAUAAACUCAUACAUGGUGGAAUGGAUGGAAUAGCAACAGACCCGAUCUCUGGAAUUCAAACAAGACGUUCUAUGCAAUCGCGACGCUCGAUGGAUCCUCACCGCAUGUCGUCUGCCGGCUACAGACAAUCACAAGGUGAAGACAGGGGUUUAAUACAUGCAUACGAUGAGGAAGAGCAUAACACUGGGUUUGGGCUCGCGGAUCUAGCGAGCAGCGAUGAGGACGAGGUGCAUCCGCACAAGGCGAACGGACACGCGAAGAAACUGUAUCCCAAUGGCAGCGCGAGCGCGAGCGCGAGCAAAAGGAGUUUCUCGGAACCGAUUGAGAGGGAACGGUCCAUCUACCUUUCUGUCUGGAUGUACUAUGUCAAAGGCAUAGGUGAUGCGCGAACAUCAGUGGCAGCCACGAAAUCGGGAAGAAACCAAGCGAUGAAUUAUGAGAGGUGGCCCGGUCUGGCGUUUUCUGGACUGGUCAAGAAGGUAGCGUGUGCACAUGCAUAUGACUACUGA